UUGACAACAACAAUUUCAUAAAAACUAAUGCAUGAGUAUGAUCAAGGGCGUAUACAGAGAAGAGGGCAUGCAACUCGCCCCAUUCUCAGAAUCAUCCGACUUCGUAUUGAGCUAUUUUUAGAACUGCCCACAAAAACGCCCACGCGUAACCUUUGACCGCACAAGGUAAAUCAAAGUAUUUUUUAUAUCUGUGCCAGCUAGCUAGCUCGAUUGCAGCAUAGUAAAACUAGUUCUCAGCAGCAGUAUGGCUUGUACUAGCAGUGUCAAAGGCAAAGGCAAACCAUCCAACAGUUGCAACUCCAAGAAGAUGAAACCUAGGUACAAUAAUCUGUCUUCCUGAGUCUUUGGUACUUCUUAACAAUGCGCCCAGCACUCAACUUCAUGCUCGAAGGGGUUGUCUUGGACCUGGCUGGACUAGGACUGGUCAUGACACUUCUCUAAAAUAAUACUGCACUGUUAGCUAGCUAGCUAGCUAGGCAGCUCUGAUGUACACGCCCAUAAUUAUAACUCCGUAAACAACACCGCCCACUUGUUCACGUCCGUAUACUGGAUUCUAUUUUUAGCAUAUCCGGUCUCUGAUACGAAGUCGGAUUAGUACGUAGGAUACAUAGUGAGUUGCAUGCCCUCUUCUCUGUAUACACCCUUGGUAUGAUUAAAGCAUGACAAGAGAAUGAACAUGAAGAAGUGGACUCUUGACUCUAUUCGUUGCUUGUCACUUGUGUCGAUGUCAGAUGUAGCAGAAACUUCCCAAAGGAUGGUAGGUCAUACUCCUACAGAGCAGCUAUCAGGUACUUUGUUUCAGAAAACCAAGGCAAGGUAACCUGCAUGUGUGACAACUUUUUUGGACUUUGUGUUUUCUUUUCUCUGCAUAUAGGACUACUUGUUCCCUGCAUAUACAUCUUCAAGGGCAAACAGAUCCAUACAGAGAAAGUUAUAUGUCUGAUCUUGGUCCAGCAAGGAGUAUAGUCGUACUAGCUACUACCUAAAACUUCCUUUCUUCACUAGUCAACAUGUGGCAUUUAGCUACUGCGCAUGCUCAAACUCUUCAUUCUGGGUGGGCUUAUAAUCGAGUGAAAAUACCCUUGUGCAAGAACUUCGAAGCAAAAGAGGGGAUGGGCGUUUAUUCAAGAUGGGCUUAUUUUCGCGAGGGUACGUCGGGAGAGACCCCUCUCUGGUCAGCCAGUUUCGAAGGUCACCUGAAGUGUGUGGAGCUCCUAAUCGAUGCUGGAGCCAAUGUUGAUAUGCAAGAAGAGGAUGGAACCACUGCGCUGUUUGUAGCUGCUCAGAAUGGUCACUUGAGGGUAGUUGAAGUGUUGAUUGCGGCUAAAGCUCAGGUGGACAUUCAACAGAAGGACAACGUGACAGCUCUCUACAUGGCCUGUAGGAAUGGACAUGAUGAGGUGGUGAGGGUCCUCUUAGCAGCCAAGGCUACAGUCAACAUGCAGAGCAAGUCGGGAGAGACCCCUCUCUGGUCAGCCAGUUUCGAAGGUCACCUGAAGUGUGUGGAGCUCCUAAUCGAUGCUGGAGCCAAUGUUGAUAUGCAGAAAGAGGAUGGAACCACUGCGCUGUUUGUAGCUGCUCAGAAUGGUCACUUGAGGGUAGUUGAAGUGUUGAUUGCGGCUAAGGCUCAGGUUGAUAUUCAACAGAAGUCUGGUCAGUCCCCUCUCUGGUCAGCCAGUUUCAAUGGUCACCUGAAGUGUGUGGAGCUCCUAAUCGAUGCUGGAGCCAAUGUUGAUAUGCAAGAAGAGGAUGGAACCACUGCGCUGUUUGUAGCUGCUCAGAAUGGUCACUUGAGGGUAGUUGAAGUGUUGAUUGCGGCUAAAGCUCAGGUGGACAUUCAAUGGAAGGACAACGUGACAGCUCUCUACAUGGCCUGUAGGAAUGGACAUGAUGAGGUGGUGAGGGUCCUCUUAGCAGCCAAGGCUACAGUCAACAUGCAGAGCAAGUCGGGAGAGACCCCUCUCUGGUCAGCCAGUUUCGAAGGUCACCUGAAGUGUGUGGAGCUCCUAAUCGAUGCUGGAGCCAAUGUUGAUAUGCAGAAAGAGGAUGGAACCACUGCGCUGUUUGUAGCUGCUCAGAAUGGUCACUUGAGGGUAGUUGAAGUGUUGAUUGCGGCUAAGGCUCAGGUUGAUAUUCAACAGAAGUCUGGUCAGUCCCCUCUCUGGUCAGCCAGUUUCGAUGGUCACCUGAAGUGUGUGGAGCUCCUAAUCGAUGCUGGAGCCAAUGUUGAUAUGCAAGAAGAGGAUGGAACCACUGCGCUGUUUGUAGCUGCUCAGAAUGGUCACUUGAGGGUAGUUGAAGUGUUGAUUGCGGCUAAGGCUCAGGUUGAUAUUCAACAGAAGAACAACAUGACAGCUCUCCACAUAGCCUGUUGGAAUGGACAUGAUGAGGUGGUGACGGUCCUCUUAGCAGCCAAGGCUACAGUCAACUCGCAGACCAAGUUGGGAGAGUCCCCUCUCUUGGCGGCCAGUUUCAAAGGUCACCUGAAGUGUGUGGAGCUCCUAAUCGAUGCUGGAGCCAAUGUUGAUAUGCAAGAAGAGGAUGGAACCACAGCGCUGUUUGUAGCUGCUCAGAAUGGUCACUUGAGGGUAGUUGAAGUGUUGAUUGCGGCUAAAGCUCAGGUUGACAUUCAACAGAAGGAUGGGUCGACAGCAUUGCACCUAGCCUGUGACGAAGGUCACUGUGAAGUUGUGGAGUGCUUGGUGAAGAAAGGCCACUGUCACAUCAAUGCAAGAGACGGUAUUGGCCUGACUCCCCUCCACAGUGCUUGCUACAAUGGGCACAAAGAAGUGGUGGAAUACUUAGUGGAGACAGCCAACUGUGACACCAGUGCAACUGAUGCUGGAGGUUCUACUCCACUUGACUAUGCAAUACAAAAGGGUCACACUGAAACCAUCGAAUAUCUUCAGUCUCUUGGGGCACCAUCCGCUGCUCCAAUUCAGAGCACUGUCUACCAGAGUCCUCCAGUCGAACAGCAGCCUCAAGGGUUGUUAAACAAACUACAAACACCCGCUAUUCAACUGUCAGAGCGUGCACCUCUAACACAAGAUGAGAUCGAUGCUCUACAGAAGCUUAUCGAGGGAACAGAAGUGAACAUUGAUACCUUCAUUGCUACUGGUCAAGGCAUCACUCUUGAAGAAGCUCACCAAUUGCUUGCUCAGAAAGGAUACAUUGAGGACGCAAGGAAUCUCAAGACAAGGCUUAAAGAAAUUGCCGAAGAGCAGCAGCGAUAUCUCGAGAUACUCAAGGAUUUGAUGACAGCUUCAGACGCCAUCAACCUUCGAUAUUUGAAACUUUUUCUUGUUGGCCCACCAUUUGUGGGAAAGACGACCACUCUAAACCGUCUUCUAAAAAUAUUUGAAAAUAUUCAUUCAGCAGGAGACAAGGUAAAGCUUCAAAGUACGCUACUCGCUAACUGCAUUCAAGCAUUUGCUUUUGUUGGUGACGACACAGCUGAAUGGCUAUCUUCCAGUGACCUCGACAAUGAAACAAAACUUUUGUUCAACUAUUUUUGUGGAAAUAAACUGACGUCUGGGGAACCGCUGGACACACCACUCAGAGAACAACUAAGUGAAGAACACACCACUCCACCCGAACCUGCCAGAACACAGUCACAUGUUCAACAAAAUGAACCCCACACGCACAAUUCUGUAGAAAAUAUUAUUUCACAAGUUGAUAAACUCCAGACUUCAGAUGGAAAAAAAGAAGCUUGCAAAAACCAGAGAAUUAAUGAUGUUGUAAAUCGAUUCCAAAAGUUGAUCAAGAGUGGUGGGUAUUCCAGCCACCUUUUCAGUUCUUUAGGCACAUUUUUGAACAUUAAUGAUAUAGGAGGUCAGCCAGGGUUUUUAGAAAUGCUCCCAGCUCUGAGCACUGGUCCGGCCAUGUAUCUUGUCUUCUUAGACUUGAGCAAAGAGCUGAACAAGCCGUACAAAAUCCCUUUUAGUCGCGAUGACACAAUCAUCACUCCCUAUGAUGCUAUACACACAGUCAAAGACACAGUGUCUCAAAUUCUUUCUUCUAUCAGUAGCAUACAUAGUAACCCUCAAGUGACUUCGUCAUUCAAGACCGAUAAAGUUGAUGGAUUUAGUGAGAAGCUAAAAUUAUUCCUAAAAGUUAGUCCAUUGGCUGCGUUGAUAGGCACUCACAAAGAUAAGCUGAAUGAUCCAGAGAAGGAAAUCAAGAAAACAAGCGAGCAUUUAAAUGACAUUGUAAAAAAGUUUGAGGAAAUAAUUAUUUGUCCUGAAGCUACUGGUUCAAGCAAUUCACUGUUUACCGUAGACAACUACAAUGGAACUGAGCACUCGGACAUAGCCCCUCUUCGUAAAUUGUUAAGUGAAAUCUUUCACAAACGCUUCAAAAAUGCUUCAUUACCAAUUAGACCAAAAUGGCUUUUAUUUGGACUCAUUCUCCGAAGGGAAUACAAGAUUGCCAGUAUUGAAGAUUGUCUGGAGUUAGGAAAGAAGCUUGAAAUGGAUGAAAAUGAAACGAAAUUUUGUCUACGGUAUCUUCACGACUGCAUUGGCACUGUCAUGCAUUACACAAGCGUUUCAAAUGAUAAGGAAAAGUGGCUCAAGAAUCGUGUGAUCUGCUCACCUCAAGUAAUCUUCGAUAGCAUCAGUCAGCUGAUUGUUCCUUCUUUGCGUGUACUUCAUUCUGGAAGUACUUUCACUGAGUAUGAGCGAAAAGAGUUGAUUAGAAUGGGGCAAUACUCAGCUGAAGCCAUCGAAAUGUAUUGCAAAACUGCACAAGUUAGCAAAAAGUUGGGAAACAACGAACUUAUUCCAGCCAAGGUUCUUAUUACACUUCUCCAACAUCUAAACCUUCUCUCUGAAAUUGUUCACAUAGAUGUUAAUGAUCCAAGCAAUUCUCGAAGCACCUAUUUAAUGCCAGCUAUCUUAGAGUGUGCUUCUCAAGACGAGCUGACCAACCCACCUCCACCAGACGCCAACAACCCAGAGCCAUUGCUCAUCACAUUCAGCUGUGGCUACGUUCCAACAGGAGCUUUUUGUGGUCUGAUCACUCGACUAGUUUCUCGAGGCCCUCAUGGAAUCCUUGGUUUGACAUGGGAGUUAGUAGAAGAUGGUGUCAAGCGAAAUUAUGUAUCUUUUCUCGUCGCCAAAUCAAAUAGGCUAACUCUACUAGCACAUGAUCAAUGCUACGAAAUUCGAGUUGUCCGCCAUCCUGGUCGCAUGUCUCUCCAUGACCUUUGUACCUAUGUUCUCUCAGUAAUGCUCUACACGCUCAAAAGCCUUUACCCACAUUUGGUUCCUCAAAUUGCCUUCCAAUGUCCUUGCCCUGGUCACAAGUCAAGCCGAGAUAAUUUGUGUGUUCUCACGAAAGAGAUCUGGGUACAAUUUCUUUGUGAUAGUAAGCCGACUAUUCCAACGAAAUACCAACAAGUUUGGUUGGGUAAGAUCGCUUCUAUUGGUCAGAGUGCUAGCUUAGGAGUUCUUCAGUUCAUGAAGGAACAGUCUCUGGAGAAAUUCUCUUUCAAUUGGAGCAAAGUGGGAAGAACACAGCCUCCAAUAACACAUCACUGCAAGACCAACAAUCUGACGUUUCAGAGUGUGAGUGAGGAGGACCUGGACUACUACCAGUGUGAGGUUAAGGAGGCUGGGAAAGUGGUCCUCACUGUCUACAGAGCUCUCUACAAAGAUGCGUUCACUUCAGUAGUGAGUGAAACAUUAAUAAGAGAAUGCUUAGGAGUAGCUGGUCAGAAGAGAGAACUGUCAGAUGGGGAGACGUCCGAUGCAAAACGCACACAGUUAAUAUCUCCUCCAGGAUCAUAUGCUCAACCAGUGGGUACAACUCGUCAACAGCUGAUGGACGAAUAUCAGCUCAGUACUACCCAUAUUAACCGUGAAAUACAACAGGAAGAUGUACCCUUUUUGGCUCUCUAUUUUGACAACGUGGAAUUCUAUGUCGAUGCUAUGAAAUUAACCCCUGGCGAGCAAAGUGAUGUCCAGUUGAAAAGAAUUGAAAGUAACCACCUAGCUAUGAUCAAGUGUUUGAAAAUCUGGAGAGGAAAACAGCGCUCACAAGCGACAUUCAGGGCCCUUCUGGAGAUGUUAGUAUUACUGAAGAAAGAGAAGAUUGCUGACCAAGUCUGUCAGUAUUUAAAAGAUUGCCUCCAUGCACAGGAGCUGUGAGGAGGUGCACGUAAUACAGCACUCCAUGAGAUAUAAAUUAUCAGAACACAACCCUCAGCUCAGCUUUAUCCCUUAUGUGUGGUUAUUGUCGUGUACGUUAUGUUUUAUACAUUGUGUGUUGAACAAGAAGAAAAAGUUGUUGUAAUUAUUUUA